AUGGAGGAACUGUUCACCAAAAACCAGCAGAUGAAAGAACAGCAGAGAUUACUCAUCGAGAACAUCAAGACACUGGAAAACAGGCUGAGGGCGGGGCUGUGUGACAGAUGUACAGUAACUCAGGAGGUAGCCAAGAGAAGGCAGAUGGAGUUUGAAGCCUCGCAGAUACAAAGCCUCCAGCACAUCUCUCUACUGGCGGGGGAGAUGACCAACAUGAAAAAGGAGAACACAAGACUUAGAGAUGAGCUCAGGAAUUUAAGAGCAGCACUCGAAGCUCACAGUGACCACUCCUCCAAUAGGAACACCACCCCAGACAUCAAACCAACCACCCCCCCUGGCUAUUCCCCCUCCUCUGGACCUGACGCCCUCCUCGCUAUGGCAACCAGCAGGGCCAGUAACCAGCCAGCAGGUGGAAAUGUUGCAUUGAAAACUGAGGCCAACCAAAGAACUGAAGAAAGUGUACACAGACAAUUGAUAGGGAUGAACGGAAGCCAAUUCGAAUCAUUCAAGCCUCUUUCCUGGAAGACGGAACAUAAUGUAACCCAUGUUGUGGAGAGAAGAGCUCAGAGUGUUGAGGAACUGGACCAGCGAUCCUCUAUCCCUCCUCAAGCUCCCCUUAAGAACUAUUCUUUCUCAACCGGUGGAGAAGUGACCCCCAGCAGACAUGUGCUCCAUGCUCCUGUCCCCUGCCGUCCUCAACCAACCAAGAGCAGCCCUGCUACUGUCCAUUGGCCCUUUUCUGAAUCCUCUGACUUGGUUACUGCAGCUGCUUCAGCGACUAGUCUGGUGGCGCAACCUUCUUCCAAAACAAACCUGCUACGCUUUCCCAACCUGAUCCCAACUAGCCAACAUACCAGCUCUAGAAGUCAGGUUUCUGGGCCUCCCUGGCACAAGCAGAGUACCCCUCAACCCCCUGCCAAAGAGCCAACUGUGGUAUUCAGGUUGAGAAAUCUGUCAGAGCAAGAUGUCAGAGAUGUAGAGUGUCAAAGUAAGACCCAGGAGAAAAAGGACAUCCCACCUUUGAAGACCGAGAGGGACUCUGGAGAGCUUAGAGAGGCGUUUGAUGGGCCUCUGGACCUAUCGGAUCAUGGAAAGUCCAAAUCCAGCCAAAUGCCAACAGAUGAUUCACCCUUAGCCUUACAAACUGGAGAGAGAGUACAGAGGUGCCCUGACAAGGAUGGGAAGGCAAAUCCACACAGCCCGGUAUCAUCACCGUCUCCUGUCGUCCCUCCCUCAUGCCCCUCUAUCCCACCAGUCAAUCAACAAGAGGAAGAGUCUGCCAGCGACCAUAACCACAAGGUAAUCAAAGAGCAGGAGCAGAAAGAGGAGGCGAAUGGGAAGACAGACCAAAGCGGGAACGAGAAGAAGGUUCCUGUCCUCACUAUAUCAUUACACCCAGUAGUGGCGCUGGAGACUCUGAAUUCUGCUCUGCAGAAAUCCUUACUAUCAAGUGGCAAGUCAUCGUCGCCAGCAGCUGAGCCGAGAAGCACCUCAGAUGAGCAGGACGAGGACAAGAGUGUGUCCGGACAAGAAAACGGCCAGGGCUGCAAGAGAAAGAGGGCAUCUGUGGAGACAGAAACGGACAGAGACUCGGAAACAGACCACAUCCUGCAAGAGAGGAAGAUCAAGAUCACUUUGAGAACUGAGGCGAAGAGCCCCAGCUAA